CGUAUCGCUGACGUAGGCGGGUUACGUCACGAGGAAACACGAUGUAAACAAAGCGAAACCGCAUCAGGUCGAUUAUCCGGGUGGAUUUAUAGUCCGAGCGAUUCUCGUUGGCGCUGAUUCACCUGAAGUUUGUUUCACUGAGCCUUUUUGCGAACUGAGCCGUUAGCUGACCGUGGCUAACGUCAGCUAGCUGCCAGCACGUUAGCUUUUGACCAACAUGGAUGAUAACAAGAUGGUGGCUGGUAAAGUGAAGAAGCCGGGGAAACGCGGCCGUAAACCUGCAAAGAUCGACCUGAAGGCCAAACUGGAGCGGAGCCGUCAGAGCGCCAGAGAGUGCAGAGCCAGGAAGAAACUGAGAUACCAGUAUCUGGAGGAACUGGUCUCCAGUAAGGAGAGAGCUAUCUGUGCCCUGCGGGAGGAGCUGGAGAUGUACAAGCAGUGGUGUUCAGCCAUGGAUCAGGGGAAGAUCCCCUCCGAGAUUAAAGCUCUGCUGACAGGAGACGAGCAGAAAAUGCCACAAGGUGGCAGCAGCACCAAGACGUCCAAGAACAACAAAAACAACAACAUCAGCAGCAGCGGCCAGGGUUAGUCUGAUCUACGAGGACCGCAGCUCCUGAGAGGGAAGCCUCCGCCUGUGACGGAGGUCAGAGACUGAUGACGGGAAGGCUUCAGAGUGAAACUGCUGCUGAACAACACACAAAUUAAAGUUCUAGUACAGUUUGACUCACAGGAACGUGCAUGUAGUUGCAAACUCACAGCCUGUUGAUUUUCUACAUUUCCUAGUUAUUCCGGUGUCUGAUUUUGCGUUUGACAGUUGUUUCACAGAUACACACGAAGCUGCAUUCAUCUAAGUAAUUCCCAAAACCUGCGUUUCCACGUCUUAGCGCCAGUGAGAUACACACCGUUCCAGCACGCCAGGCUUCAUUCAGCAAAAACCCGCAGCCGCCAGGCCUCCGUCAGGGUGUCGGAGGUCGUUUCUGUCCUCCAGUCCCGCGACAGCGUCGUGUGACCUAUAAACCACCAUAGACAGUGAGAAAAGCAACAUAGCUGCCAUGUUAGUCAGAAUAGUCUUUACUAACCCAAAAUGCCUCCCUCCAGCCGAAGGAUUUUUAGAUUACAAGUCUGACAGGGUUAGAUGAGGAACUGAAAGCAGAAUUUACUAGAUUACCUUUGUUCUUAAAAAACAGGAAGUACUGUAUGACGGCACGAACUUUUUAGUCGGAGCCAGAAUGUGUUCAACCUUGGACCGACGGCGAAGGGGAAGGCUUAUCUGUGACCGUUAGAAGACGUCACCCGUGUCUUGAGAACUGUGGAGGAAACAGGAAAGAAUUUGCUGAUCCUGGAUGAGAAUGGUGAUUCAUCCUUUUCACCGCAGUGGGUCUCGAACUGAAUUCAUUCUUUAUCAACCAUUUAUAUCUAUCAGGGAAAACAUUACCCAAACAAGCCGCGCUGAAUUUCACCGAAAAAUAUCAUUUGGGGCGUUUCCAGAAAAUCCUAGAGCUUUGGACACAAAAGAGUCAAAGUUCUGCAGCUACAAUGGCGGUAAACCUGAGAGCAGAGUUUCAGCGCACACCAUCCGGCUCCCCUACCACCACCGUGGUCCUGCAUGUCUACAACGCAACAGUAACUCUUCAGACACGUGCGGGAAAAAAGGGAGGCUCAAGUUCUGUAUAAAACUCUUUAGGUGAAAUUCAUCUUGAAUCAGUUUCUUCAACAGUGUAAAUCGCUGUAAUGGACGAUUUUAAAGUUCAUUCCAAAAUUUUCUUGGCUUCCAAAACAGGGCAAACAGAAAAAGGUUGGGGACCACUGUAGGAUGGGUGAAAAGUCUGAAUUUCCAUUUUUUAAAAUACAGAAGAGAGAAAGUUAAACACUUAACCUCAUUUUCCAAUCUCAUUUCUCAAGACACUGUCUACUCAAACCUCUGCAAUCUCUCUGUCCCAUUUUUAUUAUAUUUCAUUUGUUACGUAAAGUGUUCCUGAGUAGUUUUAUGGUCACUUCAUGGUUUAUUAAUGAGCGAUUUUGAGGUCAAGCUUCAGCAAACCUCACCACACCCCCCCUUUAAAAAAAGUUCAAAUAAUUCAGGCUUCAAAUCUGGUUCCUCGUUUAACUCUUUCAGUGAGAAACCACUUUUAGAUUUGUAAAUACCGAUUCUACAGAGAAGUUGUUGUGUAACCUUAUUUUGUGAAAUGAGAGAAGGACUUCGACGCCCUGAUGAAGGUAAAGAGAGCUGAAAACCUUUGGUGAGGGAGUCUCGUGCUGGUCCGUCGUCAAUCGUGUGACGGGCUUUAGUUUGCUCUUGGGAGGCCGUUCUCUUCCUGUUCAGAAACAUUCGAGGAGGACAAACAACACGGUGGACAUAUAUUUUUUCAAACUGAAUAAUUGUGUCUCCCGUUUUAGCAUCAGAAUACAGAUCGGAGGUCUGAGGUUGGUCUGAGGACCGGGAAUCAAAAUGUACAGUGAUGUUGAUAAGCGAGUUGGACACACGUGGGAUAUAUUUUUGUAUUUGUAUUUUCUAUCGGCUCAGAGGAAGCACGCCGUGCCGUGUUUGUGCUGGUGAAUGUUUGGUCCAGACUUGGUCGGUCUGUCGUUUCAGCAGAACAGGUCGGACUCGGCUUUAGUUCUUGUUGGAGGUGAGAGCUUCUGCUUAUUGUGAGUAAAAUGAGGAUAAAUUAUGCAUAAACGAUGAGUAGGUUCAUUGCCCACAGCGUCUUGUUAUUUUCUAUCUACAUCUGCAAACUGACCGUCUACUGUUGUAUCUCUGUUUCUUCUUUCUGCUUACCUGCAGCUACCAGUCGAAGCAGACAGAUCUCUGCAAAUGUUGCCCUUUGAUUUCAUUUUGGACCAACAACUUUUAAGCUCUCUUUUUGUUUUGUUUUUUUUGCGGUGAGAUGAUAAAAAUCCUUAUUAAAGUUUGUGCACUUUCUUAAAUUUGGCAGAAGCACUUUGUUAGAUGAUUGUAGUUUGAGGCUUUGCAGUGAUAUCUGUGAAUCUGCUCUUUUUGUUUUGCAAAGGAAAUAAAAGUGUGUGUGAGACUGUGA